CCGGUAGCUCCUUUGGAAAUCUGAACCAAAGAAAACCUCCUAACUGUGCUGAGGUAAAAACAUGGACUGUUGGGUAAAUCUGAAGUUAUCUGGAUGGGUUUAUCCCACCACAGUCCUGUCACUCUAUGGCUUUUUUGCUAACUGCAGAGUAGCAGAGCCAUUCCUGACACCAUACCUUAUUGGACCACAAAAGAACAUCUCUGAAGAGGUGGUGACCAACUAUUUGUUUCCUAUCUGGACAUACUCCUACCUGGCUUUCCUGUUCCCAGUUUUCUUUUUGACUGACUUCCUAAGGUACAAGCCUGUCAUUGUGGUGCAGGGGCUGUGUCUUGUCACAAACUAUAUUCUACUCUGCUUUGCCCCAGGUCUCCUUGCUAUGACCUUCCUUCAGGUCAACUAUGCAGUAGUGACCUCCACAGAGGUGGCCUACUUCUCCUACAUUUACAGCAUGAUCCCAGUUGAGAAUUAUCAGAGGGCUACUGGUUACCUGCGCAGUGCCAUGUUGACUGGAUAUACAUUUGGUGCCAGUCUCGGUCAAAUACUUGUUUCCCUUGCAGGACUGGACUACUUCUACAUCAAUGUUUUAACUCUGGGGAUUGUAAGUAUAUCUUUUCUCAUUUCCUUCUGGUUGCCAAUGCCCAAAAGAAGCAUGUUCUUCAAAGGGAACAGAGCUGGGGAAUCGCAGUCCCAGAUGGAGGGAGCACUUGGAGACAACGUCCCUGAAGAGCCAGCAGUGAUGGAUAAGGAUGGAACAAGCCUGGGGGAAAAUAAGAUGGAGCAUGAUGGCUGGUGCAGCAGGCAAAAUGUGCACACUGCAGUCCAUCUACUUUGGAAAAGUUUCAGGGAAUCCUACUCUUCCAGGCAUUUAAUCUACUGGUCCCUGUGGUGGGCUCUGGCUACAGCUGGCUAUGUGCAGAUCUUUAACUACAUCCAGCUCUUGUGGAACCAUGUAGAACCAUCUGCCACGUCAUCUGUCUACAAUGGAGGAGUGGAGGCUGCAUGCUCUGUUGUUGGUGCUGCAGCAGCUUUCUCUGCGGGCUUCAUCCAGAUCAGCUGGGCUGUGUGGGGAGAGCUGGCAUUGGGGCUGUUCUCAGCUGCAGGGGCAGCUGCAGUGUUUCUGAUGGCAUUCACCAGUAAUAUCUGGGUCUGCUAUGCUGGAUAUGUGAUAUUCAAAUCCUGCUACAUGUUCCUCAUCACCAUCACAGCAUUUCAGAUAGCGUCUAACCUCUCCAUGGAGUGCUAUGCUUUGACAUUUGGGAUCAACACUUUCAUAGCCCUCUCACUACAGACCAUCAUCACAGGCACUGUCGUUGAUGAAGCUGCACUGGGACUGGACAUAGUGACACAGUUCAUCGUAUAUGGCAGCUACUAUGCUGCCAUCUCACUGCUCUUUUUAUUACGAGGGACCUACACUGCCUGUGUAAAUCAGCGCCUUCCUCAGCACACGGAAGCCAAAGAACAGGAAUCCAGUGUGGGGUGA